GCAUUGAUCGCUAAUGAGCCAGCGUCGUCGCCAUGUUGCUGCUUUUCGCUGCACUUUUCUGCUCGGCCAGCCUUCCGCGUGCGGGCCGCUGCGUGCCGUUGCCGCUCCAGGACCCAGACAUCGUCGCCAAAGCGCUCGAGUACACCGAGAACAACCCGGAGACGCUCUCAGGCUUGAUGGACGAUGCGGUGGCGGAAGGUGACAUGCUUCUCCCAGAUUACCGGAACGCGGCCAACCGCCCGUGGCCUUCCAGACACAUCCCGUACCGCAUUGACUACGAGUUGGGCUACCGCACCAACGACAUUGACGCCGCCCUGAAGAUGGUCACUUUCCACACUUGCUUGUCCUUCCACCAGCGCACCAGCGAGGCAGACUACAUCUUCUUCAAAAGCGCCUUCGGGUGCGCAUCCUACGUGGGCUUCAUGGGCGGCAAGCAGGAAGUGCACGUGGGCGCCACCUGUAAGGUGGGCAACAUCGUUCACGAGGUCCUCCACGCGCUGGGCUUCUUCCACGAACACACCAGGCUGGACCGUGGCAAAUACGUCAACAUCCUGUCCGGCAACAUCAUGCAAGGACAUCAUAAAAACUUCCAGAUUCAGCCGGGAGAAACGUUCCAGCUUCCGUACGACCUGCCCUCCAUAAUGCACUACGGCAGCAAUUUUUUCUCAGCUAACGGGCAGCCUACCAUCGUGGCCAAGGUGAGGGAUGACAACAUGGGCCAGCGCAGCGCCAUGACGCACACUGACGUCCAAAGAGUUCGUCUGCUCUACAACUGCGAUCGAGUGGGCAAUGUGGCGGAGCCUACCCCAGCGCCUAUCUUCAGUGCGUACAUUUAUGACUUCGUCGGCCUUCCCCGCAAUACCACGCUGUCGCCGCUGCGUGGCACCAGAAAGCGCAGCUCAACAGUCUCCGAUGUCUAAAUAAAAUCUUUGCCCUUGUCCUUACUGUAA